AGUACACGGUAAACAGGACCUGAGUCACGUCAGCGUGUUUAUUUAAGCGUAUUUUUGCAGUCCAAUAUUCUCUUUCCUUCUCUCCUCACUCACACACACGAUCCGCAGCCCUGCUCUCCUCCUGGACCCAGCGUGAUCCAGAAGAGCUGAAGAAUUGAAUUCUCGUCUGGCCUUCCCGUUUUCCAGUGUACUACGUAGCCAUACCAGCCUCAAGCUGAAGACCCUAAAGACAUCCUCGGUGGAACGCGAUGAGCAUUUUGAGUCCCAUAAGAAUGACCAGCCAGUUGUUAAUAAACGAGUCCUGUUCUUCGCCGAUCAUGGCUAGCCAUCCGGCCAAGCUCGCCACUCGUCCCCGUGCUCGAUGCUACUGUGUCUGGCUGGACCGGGGACCCCAGUGGCGUUUUUGAUGUGCCCUGCGCCGUUGAGCACGACAUGAGCAUGUCGCUGAUCACCAGUCAGCUGGCGUGCACAGAAGGCAACGGCGUGGGGAAAUCAAACAAACCUUCUGUCAAUAAGAAAAUCCAGCGUUUUGUCCAGGGUUUGAGUGCGCAUAACCACGAAGGACGCCCGGCGGCGGGGCCCGUCCCGGAGAAGAAGACUGCUGCUAAUAGCGCGAGUGUGCCGGUGCACAUCCACUUCAAGUACCGGCUGACCGACUCGCUGGAGGGCGUGUGGGCCACCAUCCUGCACGGGCCCUCGCGCUCCCUCUACGUGCACAUCCCGCCCAACACCAACGGCGAGGGCUCCAAGGACAGCUUCAUCCGUCUGCUGGAGUACGCCGAGGAGGUGCUCAAGGUCACCAACGUGGUCGUCUUCUUCCAGGAGGACCGUGCCGACGCUAAUUCGUGGUUGCGCGCCUUUCGAUUCCUGGGCUUCCAGUUGCUCCCUCCUGCGCACGCAUUACGCCCGGACAAUCAGGGCUUCAUCUACAUGAACUACCUCAUCGACUGACGGGCGGCGGACCGGCUGACGGCCUGAAACCGCCGUCAAACGGUCCCUCGCACCGUGCUGACCGUCAUGAUCCGCAUCUGUACUAAUUUCCCCUUGUAUUCCCUUUUAUUCCCGUCAUCCCGUCUGUCGAACGUCUCCGGCUUCAUCCCGUCGUGGCGUCCUGCCAUCCCCCUUCAUUUAUUCGUCAUUUUUAUUCGCUAUUCGGAAAGUGUCCGGGAGGAAGUAAUUGGAAGUUGCGUUUUCCGUUUGACAGACAAUUUUACAUCCAUUUAACUAUACAUCAGCUAAUUUAUCCAGCUUUUAUUUGAAUAAAUCAGUUUUUAUGUCAUCCGUGGUCCGUGUUCAGUCGGGACUGUUUUUUGCGUUGUAUUCCUGCUUUUUUUCGAUGGAGUGUAGAUAGGCGUUGAACUGAUCGAGCGGCUGAAUUUUGUUGCGAUUUUUCGGCUUUUUGGUUUGAUUUUGCGCUACUGCGAAGUGUCAGCGUGGAAUUACGGAUUUUUUUGAUUAAAUGUGAUGGAAUGAUCUGGCUGUGCACUGCUGCUUUGAUUUUGCCUGCUUUUCCAUGCUUUUAUUAUUCACGCAUUUUUAACACACGCUUAUGCCGAUAAGAACGCUGAUUUUUGUUGAAAUAUGUUGUAAUUAUUGCGAAUGAUGAAUUUUUGGUAUAAUAUUGUCCGGAAAAGUG